AUGAUUCUCCCGUUUCUUUCCCUCGCUUCGCUUGCUCUGGCUCAGACACAACUUAAUGCCCCCUUCACAUCACUGGCUGUGGGCUUCAAGGGCACAGGUAAUCUGCGUCAAACCUAUGAGGAUAUUAUUGAGGUAAAGCUAGGGUUUGAACUUGAUGCUACCACCACUGAAACAAUCCAACCCGGAGACUUCUUUGACAUGGUCAUUGACGGGAUGGUGAUGACGAGCCCCUACAGCUUUGAAGUUCUGGACUCUCUUGGAGCCCCAGUAUUUGUGGUUUCCAAUUUCGAAGGUAACUCCUUCAGAGCUGCAGCUACGGACUACUUCCUUGAGAAUGCCCCCCAAUCAAUUGAGGGAGAGAGAUGUGUUUGA